CUUGACGUCGACACCGUCCUGACCGCCGAGUCCUACGAUGCCGCUGUGAAUGCGGCAGGAUGCGUCAUCGAGGCGAUCAAAGACGUCAUGGAGGGGAAGGGAAGGAACGCCUUCUGUGUGGUCAGGCCUGCUGGACACCAUGCUGGGCCUCAAGGAGCCUCUGAGGCGAUGGUGGAGCAGGGGAGCAAGACGAGGUCCCAUGGCUUCUGCCUCCUCAGCAACGUGGCAAUCGGCGCAGCGCAUGCCAUGGCAAAUCGUUUGGCCGCUCGCGUCGCUAUCGUUGACUUCGACGUUCACCAUGGGAACGGGACGGAGGAGGUGAUUCGAAACUUGAAGCCCUGGAGGUACAAGCACGUUGCAGACACACCACUCGGCGAGGUAGCAUUUGACACUUUAGCUGAGGGUCCCUGGCUCACAGAGCGGGACAGCGAGAACGUCUUCUUCUGCUCCAUCCACGGCUUUGGCGAGUACUCGACGGGUUCGCCUUACACGGGCCUCUUCUAUCCGGGCUUGGGAGGAGCGACGGAGGAGCCCAACAUUCUCAACAUCCCCCUCGGGCCCAAGUUUGGCACCCAAGACUUCCGCAGGGAAAAGCUCCUCCCUCGUCUUCACUCCUUCAAGCCUGACCUGGUGCUGGUUAGCGCUGGCUUUGACGGGCAUGAAGCGGACUUCAUGAACUACGGUCUUGUGUCCCUCACCGAGGACGAUUUCUUUUGGGUGACGGACAAGCUCUGUGAAGUGGCCGAGGUCACUUGUGGAGGAAAGCUAGUCUCAAUCUUGGAGGGAGGGUACAACACCAACGGCGGCCCCCUGUCUCCCCUCGCCCGCAGGUUCAUCUGCUUCUCUCCUCCCCUCCUCUGCCUCUCCUCCUCCACUCUCGACCUUCUUUCACCUCCUCACGCCUCGCCAGCGUGUCCGCGCACGUGCGAGCUCUGCUAG